AUGAAGAUCAUUGCAGGUCUCCUGCUCUGCACCAUGACCUACUGCAGCAGCUCAGCAGGACAUUCUCUUGUGUCUAACCAGGUAGACUGCAGCAUAUACAAGAAGUACCCUGUGGUGGCCAUCCCUUGCCCCAUCGAAAAUCUGCCAGUUUGUGGUUCUGACUAUAUCACCUAUGGGAAUAAAUGCAAGUUGUGUACAGAGAGCUUGAGAAGUAAUGGGAAAAUUCAAUUUCUUCAUGAAGGACACUGCUAACUUUUCUAUAAACAAAGAAGAGCAAUGUUGCCCUCAUC